GCGGCGGAGGAGCGCAGGGCGGUGGCCGAGGCGCUGCGGCCCGAGCAGGCCCUGCGGCGCGUGGCGGUGCGCGUGGACGCAGCCCUUCUGGAAGAUGCUGGUGCCGACAUCCUGCUGGAGGCCCUGCGCGCCCUGGGCUGUGAGUACCACGUCGAACCCCAGCGGCCGGCCCGGAGCCUCAGGUGGACCAGAGCGAAGCCGGACCCUUGUCCCCGCACUGUGCCUUCGGAGGUGUGGGCUGCAGAUGAGCAGGACGUCCUUCUGCUCCUGGAGCCCGAGGAGUUUCUGCAGGGCAUCCAGCAGCUGACCCAGACUCGUGGCCCAUCUUGCUCCGUGCCCUGGAUCUGUCCUGAGAGCUCCACCAGCCCCCACCUGGCUGUCAUCGGGCUGGAUGCCUACCUGGGGUCUCACCAGCCCAGCAGCCAGGAAAUGCGACAGCCAGAGAGUACAUCGGUGGCCCGUGCCGCAGUGGCACUCAGCUGGCCCAAGGUGGAGGAGGCCCUGGUGCUCCUGCAGCUCUGGGCACAUCUGGAUGUAUUGCUGGUGGCCUCCUGGCAGGAGCUGAGUCAGCAUGUGUGCGCCUUCACCAAGGCCCUCGCUCAACGCCCCUUCAGGCGGUACCGGGAGUCCCGUGCCUUUUCCUUCUGUGUGGCUGGGCGCUGGGCAGCCAGCGAGCGCGUGGCGAGCGAUGGCACAGGGCUGCGGGGCAUCUGGUGGCGGCAGAUCAGGCAGUUCCACCGGGUCAGCCCGGCCGUGGCCCAUGCCAUUGUCACCGCCUUCCCCUCCCCUCGCCUUCUGCAGCAGGCAUACAGGAGCUGCAGCACGGAGCAGGAGCGCCUGGCCCUCCUGGCAGACCUCCCCGUGAAGAUGGGCGAGGGCAUGCGACCCCGCAGGGUGGGGCCUGACCUUUCCCGCCGCAUCUGCCUCUUCCUGACUACCACCAACCCUGAGCUCCUACUGGACCUGGGCUCCUGACCACGCCUGGGGGACAGGACGGGGCCCUUUUUCACCUACCAGCGGGACAGAACGUGGUCCACCCCAUGCAGGGGCUGAGCUGCCAACUACCCCGGGGGAGGGGGGUUACAGGGCGCCGCCCCUGGGGUGCGUGGGAGGGCGUGGGAUGGCCAGAACAUUUUCGGGUAACUGGGACGAGCAGGAGAGGAGGGGGUGAGCUUCCCCUGCCCUGGGUUCUGGAUACACCAGCCACAGAGCCAGGGCCCAGUUGGGGGGUUAGGAAGGGGGAACACACACCAGUCACAGGGAGACUUGGGGGUGGCACCUUCUAAGAAACAGUAAGAAAAGUCUCGAGGGAGGAAAGCGCACUGGGUUCUCUCUCCUGGAGGGUGUUGUGACGCAGCCGGGCACGAGGGGAGGAGAGCUGCGGGCCUCGGCCAGACUCCAUCCUGCCACCACGGAGGCGUCACAUAAAGUCUAAGUUUAUUACGGUCAUUUUGGUCUGGGACGGGAGGAACAGCAGCUGACGACAUGCAAAAAAGCAAGUGAAGGAAAACGCAAGGCCGCGGCAACAGCGCCGCCUCUAACCGCGUCCUCGCGGGCGCUGACCCAUAGUCGGUCCGGAAGAGCCAGGCCGGCGGCUUCCUCGCGGUGCAAGGAGCAGAUGCCCUCAGGACCCUGGAGCCUGUCCCGGCGAAGCCAGCCCUCCAUGCGAGUCGUGCCCCUGGAGCCUGGUCCAAAGGGAGGGACAAAGAAGGCGGCCACUUGGCCCCAGAAAGGCAGUUUUCACGGGAAAUGAGUCAGAAGGUGAGCGUCCCGUGCCAGGUGUCCAGGUGCACGCCGAUGAUGGAGCCCUGGCCGAACCUCGACGAGAAGCUCAUCUUGUCACCCUUGUGAUGGAGGAGCCCUGAGGGGCAGUGGGAUGGGGAACAGAGGCUGAAAAAACCUGCUCCUUGUGUGUCUCCUGUCACACCCAGGGCUAUGGAGCGGCCACACAAGCCACGCGGCGGAAACUGCGCUAAGGAGGCCAGAAGCAGAGACAGAUGCCAACAGGAGACGGGAGGAAGGCCCAAAGCACCCCACCUGCAUGGAAUGCUGAUCCCCCAAAAGCCAAGGCAGACCCACUGCUAGUGAGAGGCGACCCCCUUCCCACUGUCAAGUGCCAGGGUCGCAGACCUGAGCACUGGGGGGUCAAUCUGGCCAGCCCCCUGCACAGCAGCCCACCACCAACCACAGGACAAGCAUCAGAGCCGAAGGGAAGGGAGGUGUGUGUUCAGUCUCCAGACAUGCUCAGGGUGACACGCCCACCCACACAGCCAAGGACUCCAAGCCCAUUAGGCAACAGACAAGCUUCAAACGUGUCACGUGCUAUGCCCUGGUCCCUCAACACCUCCUGCAUCUCAUAGCGAUGAGCUGGCCAGGCAGAGACAGGCAGGAGAACAGAUUGCUCAGGUCACGUGGUCAGGGGGAGCUGGAGGCGGGACAGGAAUGCAGGCCGAGGCCUCUUGCUGGCCUGGGCAGGGAGUCUGCGGAGGCCCUAGGAAGGGGCACAAGACACUACCAGCGCCUCCCAUUCUCCCUCCGGGUCUCGCAGUUCCACAGGGCUCAGCCACCCUCACUCUAAAGACACCCGGCUGGGCCGGGGCAAUAACACGGGGUGGCUGUGACGUGGCAGAGCCCAGUCACCCAAGGAUCACCCCUGCAGGAAACAGCUGGGGUGACUCAGAGCAGAAAUGAACCCCUACCCUGGUCUGAGAGCCCUGAGAAACCAUCCACAGUGCCUACCGCCAGCAACAGGCACAGAGGCCACGCAGUCCUGCUGCCCCAUCCACCAUGGCAGGUUGGGACAGCCAAGCGCUCAGGGCCGGCAGGCAACCUGCACUGCACGUGAACAACCCAGCCGCUCCUCUGACCAUUCCUGGGCUCCCCGGCCUCCCAGAGCUCUGCAGCUGCCGAGUGUGGGAAGGUGCAGGCGUUUUGGGCUCUAAAAAUUGUAAGUUCUCUUUCUACAUACAUAGACACAAACAUCAAGCGUAUGUCUGUACGAGUGGAGAAAACAUUCAGGAACACACACGUCAAGCUACUUUUGGACACUGGUUGGAUAAACGGAAUGGAGUUUUUGUUGAACUGACCACAAACGCAACUGCUGUGCCCCAGAAACAAGAGAAUAGAGGUGGGAUCUGCCCUGGGGUCCUGUCACCCCAGGACCACAUGGGUCCUUAACCCGGGGAAAGGAGGGCCCGCCUGGCCCGUCCUCGGCCCUUGGGGGCAUCUUUCUCUUUCAGUCCUGGCUCAGGCACUGCCCGCCCUGGGCGCCUCUACCCCUUAGUCCAGCCACGCCCACCUCCCCCGCUAGGACCUACCUGCCCAUCAGAGUCGUAGCCCCAGUUAGUGGUCCCUGCCAGAGCCACAGCCCGGGCAUCCGCGUCUCGGUGGGCCGCACUCAGGACAAAAUGCCAAGCUCUGCUGCUGCGAGGGCGCCGGGCCAUGAUGGACAGGAUCUGGAAGAAAACCCAGGUUCUGAGCAGAGAAGACAGGAGACAGCAACUCCUGUGCUCCAUCCUGGGCCAGCUGCGCCAGCCCCGUCCAAAGGUGGGAGCUCUCGUGAGCCAUGCAGAUACUGAGCAAGGGCACUGGGACUCUUCUUGACCUCAGACCUCCCUCCAGUAUACAAGCACCUUGAUGAACGCAAGGCAAAGAGUGUGGAACACCGUCCAGAUGCCCAUGACUCUCCAGGGCAUAUCUCAGUCCCUGUCGGAGCUCAGCCUGAUGAACCCAGCUGUCCCUCCGGCAUCUCAAACCUUGUCUGGCUCCUUCUCUGUUGUCCAGUUUGACAAAUGGCAUCUCCAACCUCCCAGUUCCUCAUGCCAGACCCAUGGCAGUCACCCUGGACACCCCUUUCCUCCCUCGGGCACUGGCCUGACAGCCCCACACACCCAGCACCACCUCCAAACCAUGUCCUGAACCCCUCUCUCCAUCCCCGCCGCCACCGCGACUUCCAGCCACAACACACCUUCACUCUGGCUCCUCCCACUUCACUCAUUCACUCAGUCAAAAAGCUGACUUUUUGGAAACACAAAUCUUAAAAAUUUAAGUCUCAACCAAUCUUGAAACUCCUCGGCCUUGCAUUACUAAGACAAUAUGCAACAUCCCGCAAAACCUAUCAGGUUUUUUCUGUGCGUCUCCACGCCGCAAGGGCCUGGGUCCAGGUGCGAGCCCUUUCCUGCCAUUUGCCCAGAAUGCCUUUCCUUUCCUGCAUUCUCCCUGUAACACGCCGCCUUCUGGGGCUGUCUCC